AUGUAUAAAAUAUUUCUUUUGACUAUCGUGUGUGUUGCCAUUGUCAGUGGCAAUCUUCAAGAUGAUAUUAAAGCAAAGACAUCAGAUGCUUUACAUCAAGGUGAAAAAUUAAAAGAUCAAGUAGUCGACGCUGUUAAUGAAAACGUUGAAACGUUGAAAGAUAAAGCUUCGGAUGCUCUCAAAGCUGGUCAGAAGGUCGCUGCGGAUGCAAAAGAAACAGCUGGUAAAAAAUUUGAUGAAGCUAAACAAGCUGGUGAAGGUCUUCGAAAAAAAGCAAGCGAAAGUUUCGAUGAUUUGAAGGAUGCAGCUGGUGAUACUGCCAAAUCAGCUAAAAAGGCAGCUGAUAAUGUAGCUGAUCAAGCUAAGAAGGCCGCCGAAAACGCAGCUAAUCAAGCUUCGAAACAAGGUGAAAAACUCCGACGCCAAGCAAGUGAUGCUGGCGAAAAGGUCAAAUCAGCGGCUAAACAAGCAGAACAACAAGGUGAAACUCUUUUAGAUAAAGCUUUUAGCGUCCUCAAUGAUGUCAAAGACUCGAUUUUGGAAACUGUUGGCUUUGCUUCUAAACACGCAGCUGCUUAUACCGAUCAAGCUAAAGAAAAAUUCGAUGAAUACUCUGGUAAAGCUCAAAAAACAGCUAAGCAAGCAGAGAAAAAGGUGAAAGAAUCACUUGACUUAUAA